AUGUUGGAUGGGGAUCACCAACAUUCCAUAAGAUGGGGAGAGAAUCACUCUGCCAUUCAUCCUGCUUCUAAUCUAGUCUUUGGUGCAAGAACCAAACUUGUUGAAGUUGAUUAUCAUUUCACUAUAGAAUUGACAUGUUUUUCUUCAAGACAAGCUUUCACAUAUGCUAAUUGGGUAGGGUGUCCCAUUGAUCAGAGGUCUACCAGUGGCUGGUGUAUCUAUCUUGGUUCAAAUUUAAUUUCCUGGUCAGCUAAGAAACAACCAACAACUAAGAAACAACCAACUGUGUCUCGCAGUUCUACUAAAGCUGAGUAUGGUGGUCUUGCUAUGACUGCUGCUGAGUUACUCUAUUUGUCCAAGUUAUUCAAAGACAUUGGCUUUCAGUUACCUUCUCCUCCUCUUCUCUGGUGUGACAAUUAA